UUGCUAUAGGAAAUUUGACAAUCCAUUCAAUAGAGCUGUUAAUUAAGAGGCAAUAGGAAAAUGUAAUCUAUUUCAUUAGGACAAAGUAAAAACAAAACAAAAAAGAACAAAAAAGCUAAAAUUAAUGGUAUAUGGUUUGUUGAUCUCUGCCACCAUUAAUUUAUACAUAUGGAUAGGUCAUAUCCCGGACAUCACACGGCAUAAAUGCCAGCAUCAUGAGAACGGCGAGAAUGCAGAUCGGAACGAGGAGGAGCAUCAGCGGCGGCGGCGGCAGCGGCGGCAGGAUCAACGGCAGAAGCAGCAGCGACGCCGUGAGGCAGAGGAGCAGAAGGAAAGAUUCUACGCUGAAACCGCUGAGCUGGGUGAAGAACACCUUUUUCCCAUUACUUCCCUUAGUAGAGACGACAGCUUUCUUUGCGGCGGCCGUCAUAUCCCCAAACUUGAAACUGUUCUUCCGGUAAUAAUGGCGGUUUUCGAGGUAAUUAAUGUAAUUCCGGGAAGCUACUGCGGCGGCGGCGGCUUGCUCCUGGGUUGCUCUAAUCAUUCUUUAAUUGAUCAGUCCGAUCGAUCACAAUCGCCCGGAAAAUAUCAGAUUCUUGAGAUAGAAUAGAUCUUGGAUUUGAGGAAAGUUAUAAAUGAAGAAGAUUAGAUGGAGUAGAGGGGAUGUAUAUGCUUGAGUUUUCAAAUUGGUGCAAGCAAAGGUCGCUUUGUUUGAAAGUGGACACUACUUUUUUGGGAGAGGAAAAUUGGGGUAGGUAGGUAAGGUACCUUUACACAAAGGGUGCCUUUUCUAAAAAUGAAUUUGGG